AACAGGCUACCUCCUCCAUCGGAGUUGAAAGACCUGUAUGUAAGACCGUGAGUUAGACCCCUAGUAGCUUUAUAAGCGAAAAAUCGAUUGUAACAUGGCGCGUACGUUUAACCUAUAACACUUCUGACGUUUAUCAACAAGGAUAUUAAACAUUUAUACAAAUUUAAUUUAUUAAUUCAUUUGCACAAAGAAAAUAGAGAUGGGUAAAAAGAGACAUUCACACUCCGUAAUACCGGGACGCGUUAAAGUGGAAGUGAAAGACGAAAUAGGUGAUAACGAUGUACUCGUUGCUAGAGAUCGACUGAAAGGUGCUUUACGUGAGUUAUUACAGCACAGUGAUACAGGUUCUUCAGCUGAUUCGAGUGAGGAGAGUUCGUCUCAUGAUUACAAGCAUCAUUUGAAAAAAAUAGAGACAAUGUACCCGUCAAAGACAAUGAGGUUCCAGCAACCACGUAAGAUCCGUCGUAGGAGACAGGUUCCAAUGGAUGCAGCCUUUCAUCAUACAUAUGUAAUGAAACUGUUUGACCGCAGUGUAGAUCUAGCUCAAUUUCGUGAAGAUACUCCACUCUAUCCAAUCUGUAGGGCUUGGAUGGCAAAUCAACCAAGAAAUCCAAAUCUUGUGCCUAAAAUACGAAGCCCCAGCCCAGAAGUUUUAAAUGAUUUGAAUUCUACAAAUAAUGUAAUAAAUAUCGAUGGAGAAUUGAGAGACGUUUUUACGUUACCUGCACCGUUACCAAGAGAGGAAGCAUUGCCAAAGAAUAGAAUUCCAUCCCCGAUACCAGGGAGCAAAGAAGAACUGAAUUUGGAUUAUGAGGGACAAACGCUGAAAUCCCGCGAGACAUUACUGCGGGAUCACAUACCGCAUUGGAUUGCAGUACGAAAAAAAUGGCACCAGCAAGCUCAUAAAAAUGAACAGCGCUUUGCGCAAAGCGCUAACAUACUGGGUACCAUUUACCGUAGGUGCGUACCAACCAUAUUUAAAUAUACACGUCAGGAACAUUAUUCGCCAUUUAACUAGCCUUAGAUAAAUAACCUUUCAUUUAUAUUCCAGGGCCCAGUCGGAAUUUGAGUAGCGAUACGCAUCGAGAGAGUAAAUGCGAAUCAUGUCUGCACUCUUUAUCGAGUAUUGUUAUUGUAUCACUUUAUUGGUAUUUCAUUUGAAUGACUCAAUGUAACUGUAAAAUUACUUUAUACAAAUAUACCUUUACGACGGGCUAACCAA